AUUAUUCUCAUUUCGGGGCGUUGACUGUUUUAUGCUUUAUGAAUACUAUUCAAAAUAUUCAACAGCUUCGUGAAUUUCUAACCGUCUACAACACUCUCAGCGAACGUUGUUUCAACGCCUGCGCUCGUGACUACACCACAUCAACACUCACAAAGGACGAAGGGUCCUGUGUCAGUCAAUGUAUUGACAAGCAGAUGCUAGUGAACCGUCGGUUUAUGCUAGUAUUCGCAGAACAAGCACCAAAAGCACUUUUCAAGCAAGGAGAGCAAUCGCCAACCGAAGCAAUCAAAUCCGCUAAGCCAGAGCCAGCGGUCCCAGCUCCAGAAGCCACUCCUGUUGAAACUACUCCAGUUAUUGAAGAAAAUAAACAAUGAACAUCAUCUCUGAACAUGGUUUCCGUAUUGACGGCCGCCGUCCCGCUCAGAUUCGUAACAUUAACACUCGUCUUGGCUUGAACAGAAAUGCGGAGGGAAGCUGUUAUCUGGAACAUGGUAAUACCAAGGUUGGUUUUUUUUUAAGUUUUGAAUUUAAUUUCAAGUUACAUUAUUCUCUUUUCAGGUUCUUUGUGCAGUUUAUGGUCCGUAUGAAGGCAAAUCGUCAAAAAGAAUCGAAGAUAAAUGUGCCAUUGUUUGUCAGUAUAGUGCAACAAAGUUUUCGGGACUUGAAAGAAAAAAUCGUACACGUGGAGAUCGAAAAUCAACUGAAAUCAGCAGACUUCUUGAGAAAGCAUUCGAAUCAGUUAUUCUGACGGAAGCAUUUCCUCGAUCACAACUUGAUAUUUUCUGUGAAGUAAUCCAAGGAGACGGCUCCAACCUGGCCGCCUGUGUCAAUGCAACUUCUUUGGCUCUUGCUGAUGCAGGAAUCCCAAUGAAAGGCAUCGCAUCUGCAGCGACGUGUGGUGUUGUCGAUGGAAAACCAAUUGUUGAUCUUACUUCUAGAGAAGAAACUGAUCUCCUUCCCAGAGUUACUCUCGCCACAAUCUGCGGUCGUGACGAAGUGAUUCUCGUGGAACUUCAAAAUCGUCUUCACAUUGAUCAUCUUUCCACAGUCAUGGAUGCAGCGAAAGCCACGUGUGCUGACGUGUACGAAUGUCUCGCAGUAGUUGCUCAGCAACAUCUGAAAGCUUGUGCUCCGAUUCUAGGCAAUUAGCUGUUCUUUUUUUCUUAUUCAUUGUUGUUUUGAGUUGUUAUUCCUUUUUUUUUAAACCCAUUU